AUGUCAAGAUAUGGGCUAUAUUACCUUAUCAGUUCUGUACUCAGCUAUCUGUCUUACUCAUUUCUGUCCGCAACUGGAUCACCUCAAAGGACCGGUGGAGGUGCGACUCAAACUCCUGACGACCUCUCGACAGGGAUCCACCAAUACAUCGUAGAUUACUGCUAUAUCUCAGUCUUUGUUUGGCUUACUACUGGGCUGAUCUCCAAGUCAUUCUGGAUGGCUUAUUGGAUCCUUUUAGUAUCGCUAGGCGACUGUUUUUCUCAUAACUCCAGUCGGGCCUCUCACAUGGACCAUGGCCUUACUCCUACAGAUCGGCGCGAAUUCCAAUUGCAGAUUUACGAGGGAAAAGCGAAGGGAAGGGUUGAUAUAAUUACCCAGUUCAGAUUAUGGUUGGUUUACCCCCACUUGAUGCCCAGAAAAUAACGGUAAAUCGGUCUCCAUCGACUUCUUGAGUCUUAUCGCUUCAACACUUCACCAG